CCGGGGUGAAGCGGGUCUCCUCGCCAUCGUGGGCUUCAGAGCACGUUUUGGAAACUCUCGGGCUUUGAGGCGGAGGAUUUGGGCGUUGCCAUGACGACGUGAGAGGCGCCCAGCCAGGCCUAUGCAGGCUUCUACAAUGAAGAUGCCGGUCGCCGUCGUCCGCCUUCCCCGGGGGCCGGACGGGACGAGCCGCGGCUUCGACCCCAGCUCUCCCCGUUUCCAAGCCCUGGGGCCCAGCAGCCUCUUCUCCAAGGUCACCGCAAACGCGGCCGAGCUGGAGCGGGAGCAGCAGGGGAGGGUGGCGCUGCGGGAGCGCUACCUGCGCAGCCUGCUGGCCAUGGUCGGCCGCCCCGUCAGCUUCACCAUGUACGAGAAGGUCAGCGUCACGGCGCUCUUCGGCGCGUCCGACAUCGACGUCCUGAACUUCCAGGUGUCCGAACUGCAGACCCCGCUGGGAGUGCAGAAGGAAGCCGUCCUCCGGUGCUCGGAUAUUGUUGCGUACUCCUUCGAGCUCUAAGGGGCCCACGAGCUCCUCUGGAAUAAAGGACCUGCGAUAAACGAGCACAUGGCCCUUUCCUGGAGAAAGAUGUUCCCUAAACCGUGCACGUGCCCGGAA